AUGUUCAAAGAAAUUACUAUACCAACCACAAAACACCCGACUCCUCCGAAACAAAUACAAAUAACAACGAACAACACACAGACUAUACCAACCACAAAACGCCCGACUCCUCCGAAACAAAAACAUAUAACAACGAACAACACACAGACUAUACCAACCACAAAACGCCCGACUCCUCCGAAACAAAUACAUAUAACAACAAACAACACACAGACUAUACCAACCACAAAACGCCCGACUCCUCCGAAACAAAGACAAAUAACAAUGAACAACACUCAGACUAUACCAACCACCAAACGUCCGACUCCUCCGAAACAAAGACAAAUAACAACGAACAACACACAGACUAUACCAACCACAAAACGCCCGACUCCUCCGAAACAAAAACAUAUAACAACGAACAACACACAGACUAUACCAACCACAAAACGUCCGACUCCUCCGAAACAAAUACAUAUAACAACGAACAACACACAGACUAUACCAACCACAAAACGCCCGACUCCUCCGAAACAAAGACAUAUAACAAGGAACACCACUCAGACUAAACCAACCACAAAACGCCCGACUCCUUCGAAACAAACUAUACCAACCACCAAACGUCCGACUCUUCCGAAACAAAUACAUAUAACAACAAACAACACACAGACUAUACCAACCACAAAACGUCCGACUCCUCCGAAACAAAGACAAAUAACAACAAACAACACACAGACUAUACCAACCACAAAACGUCCGACUCCUCUGAAACAAAGACAAAUAACAACAAACAACACACAGACUAUGCCAACCACAAAACGUCCGACUCCUCCGAAACAAAUACAUAUAACAACGAACAACACUCAGACUAUGCCAACCACAAAACGCCCGACUCCCCCGAAAUAA